AUGCGACUAAGAAAUUACUUACUGAUGCGAAAAUACAGCUGGAAUCCUGAGGGUGUCUUGUUGGGUGUCUUUGCUGUCUCUGGCGGAAACGCAAACUUUGCUUUUGUGCCUGGUGGCAUGUAUAUCUUUAACGAGUACAAGCUGUUCAAGGUUACGCUGCAGGCUGAGGGUAGGGAGGUCAAGAGGGACUUUGGACUGUACUAA